UCCUAGUCAAUUCCUUGUCCGACUUCAGUGCACUUUGGCUCAAAACCCCGGUCACCCAACCUGCCCAGCCGUCAAAACUGCAAUUAGUCUAAAGGCUAACGCAACCUGCCCUCAACGAUAAGGAUUGAUUUCUGCGUCUCUCUUCCCUGUAUAAAUCGCAAACCGCCUCUCCAAUCUGACCUCCAAAGUUCCCGGAGUAACGCCCAAUCGGCCUCACCAAAUUGGGAUUUCCUCCCCCCUUCCCUAAAAGGAAAACGAAAAUCGAAAGCAAAGAGGGGAAAAGGAAACAAGAGAGACCAUGUCUUCUGGCACGAAUCCCAAGCCCCGAACAGGGGCCACCUCCAGCAAACCAUCGAAGCCUGCCUCCCCACUCACAAAACUCUACCUCAUUCUCUACAACGGCCUCAGCUUCUCCCUCUGGGCCACCUGCACCCUCCAUGGUCUCUCCCUCCUCGCGAACGGCACUCCGCUCCCCAUGAUCUUCAACCAAGUCUAUCCGCUCCUCCUCAUCACGCAGUCGCUGGCCCUGCUGGAAAUCCUGCACAGCCUGGUGGGCCUCGUGCGAGCCCCCGUCGCCACGACCGCGAUGCAGGUGGCCAGUCGCAUUCUGCUUGUCUGGGGGAUCAUGUACUUGUUCCAGGGUCGGAUCGUCGGCAACGUCCGCACCAUCACCGCCACGCCCCAGACCGGCGACUACGCCUUCCUGGGCUGCCUGAGCGCAUGGGGCGUGACCGAAUGUAUCCGCUAUGGUUUCUUUGUGCUGCAGGUCUCUGGUGUCGGGGUGCCGGCGUGGUGGGCGUGGCUGCGGUACAACACCUUCUACGUGCUGUAUCCGCUUGGCAUUAGCAGCGAGUGCGUGAUGGUGGUCAAGGCGCUGGGCCCGGCGGCGGAGCUGAGUGCCGCGUAUUGGUGGUUCUUGGUCGUGGUAUUGGGCAUUUAUGUCCCCGGCUCGUAUAUCCUUUACACGCAUAUGAUCGCUCAGAGACGCAAGGCGUUGAAAAAGACAUAAAAGGCGGUGGGGGUGGGAUUUAGCCAAGAACAUAGCUUGAGAUUCGGGCGUAGGGUUACCAUAUCUCCCAGCUUCUGCUCCGGACCAGGGCUGUGGCCACACGUGGCUGUGCUGUGCCGUGCGGUGCUGUGGUAAAACGGUCGGUGUAUGAAUGAGGAAUCGAGGUUCUGCGGUGGGGUGUUCUUCAUGAAAAGAAGAGUUUUCAUCGUCAGAUAUCAUAUGUAGUAGUAUGUAGAAAAUGUGG